GUCGUGUCAAGCGAGCGACCUUCAUUCAACCUUUUGACGUCUCACUCUAGCUCAAAAUUCUGCUCCCAGUCGUUCCGUUCGUUCAAACUGUGUGUGCACGCCUUCCAGUAAAGAUCGAAAAGAAAACCGAAUUUGCUCGUGUUUUUUGGUGAAUUUUAAAGUUCAAAUCUCAAACAAAUCAACAUGACUACCUAUUUCAACUACCCACCAAAGGACGUCCAGGAGGAGCUGGCUCGCAUCGCCAAGGCUAUCGUUGCCCCCGGAAAGGGUAUUUUGGCUGCUGAUGAGUCGACCGCUACCUGUGGCAAACGUUUCGCUGACAUCGGUGUCGAGAACAACGAGGACAACCGCCGCCAGUACCGUCAGCUGCUGUUCACAGCCGACGACCGCAUUGCGGAGAACGUUUCCGGUGUCAUCCUGUUCCACGAGACGCUGUACCAGAAGGCCGACGACGGUACCUCGUUGGCUGCCCUGCUGAAGAAGAAGGGCAUCCUGGCCGGUAUCAAAGUCGACAAGGGUGUCGUUGAUCUGUACGGCUCGGAAGGCGAAUGCACCACUCAGGGCUUGGACGAUUUGGCUGCCCGCUGUGCCCAGUACAAGAAGGAUGGUUGUGAUUUCGCCAAGUGGCGUUGUGUGCUGAAGAUCGGCAAGAACACCCCAAGCUACCAGUCGAUUCUGGAGAACGCUAACGUUCUCGCUCGCUAUGCUUCGAUUUGCCAGUCGCAGCGCAUUGUCCCGAUCGUUGAACCUGAGAUCCUCCCUGACGGUGACCACGAUUUGCUCCGCUGCCAGAAGGUUACCGAAACCGUACUGGCUGCCGUGUACAAGGCCCUGAGCGAUCACCAUGUCUACCUGGAGGGUACGCUGCUGAAGCCGAACAUGGUCACCGCUGGACAGAGCUGCCCGAACAAGCCAUCGGCUCAGGAUAUCGCUCUAGCCACCGUGCUGGCUCUGCGUCGCACCGUUCCGGCUGCCGUUCCCGGAGUUACCUUCCUGUCCGGUGGUCAAUCCGAGGAGGAAGCUUCCGUCAAUUUGAAUGCCAUCAACCAGGUACCGCUGCUGAGACCGUGGGCUUUGACGUUCUCGUACGGACGUGCCCUGCAGGCCUCGGUACUGCGUGCCUGGGGUGGCAAGAAGGAGAACAUCAAGGCCGCACAGGAGGAGCUCAUCAAGCGCGCUAAGGCAAACGGAUUGGCAUGUCAAGCAAAAUACGUCGCCGGCUCCAUUCCUUCCUUCGCGGCUGACACUAGUCUGUUUGUGAAAGCACACGCUUACUAAGCGCUACGCCACAGCCUGCUGGUCUGUCGCACUAGAGUACUAAAUGCACGCUGACACAACGCACACAACCCUGUGUUCCAGAAUUGGCAAUGGCAGCAACAAAAAACCACAACACAAAAACCUCUGGAUCGAACUUAGUAGUUGCGAUACUAUUGUUAAGACCACUUACACUAACCAGUUCACAAACAAACAAAAGUGCGGCCGAUACAUAUAUGUUUUUCUUACCAUUUGUUUUUAACACACAACAACGAGCACAGACUGUUCCAGCGAUACGACACAUUUUCAUCGAGCGGCUGCGAUCAGUUGUUGAUACACAAACAAUGGCGCGUGGGCUGCUUUUAUUUUUAUUUUGAAAACGUUCUAAAUUGGUCACUGCAUUUGCUCGAAAGUUAACUUGAGAUUAGUGGUAGUGAUGAUAGCUCUAGCAAGCCAACCUUGAAACCGUUCACGUUCAAGGAGGCUGAAGCAAACCGGCAAGCAUCGCGGUCGUCCGUCGUCUGGGGGAAAACGACGGUUUUGGCAUCGAUUCAGCAGACUUGAAUGAAAUUGAAGAAAAAAAUCGCUGUUGGCUCAAUACCAACGUCUAAUUAGGGGCUCGGAUUCCCAGACGAUGUUGCUAAUGGAACUUUUGCUUCAACUUUCUUGCUUUUAUGUUUUUUUUUCAAUAUGAAGCCUUGCCCCGUGACAAAAUGUGUUGUAGAGCUGCUCGAAAUUUAUUUAGUUUUUGUUUUACGAUUGGUUGUAAUGAUCUUGAGUUAAUAAAUUUUAUUAGUUUUCUAAAAAAAAUACAAUAUUCCAAUUGGCUGA